AUGACUUCUAAUAUCUCUCGCCUCAACGCCCAAUCUGCCGCCGAGAAAGCAGUAUCGGUGAUCGGAUUAGGCUACGAUCUCACCUCCGAUAUCCGUCUCUCCGCUUGUAAAUGCACACCCGACGGAUCCACUCUUCUCAAAAUUGACCCGACACAGAACAGAGAGCUUGUCUUCCCCGGAGGAAUCGUCGUCAACAACGUCUCCAGCUCCAUUAAGUGCGAUAAAGGCGAACGCACUCGUCUCCGCUCCGAUUUACUCUCUUUUAACCAGAUGUCGGAGAAAUUCAAUCAAGAUAUGUCUCUGUUGGGAAAGAUACCAUCGGGGAUGUUUAAUGCCAUGUUCGAGUUAAGACAAGGGUGGCAAAAAGAUGCGAGCUCUGUUAAGACGCUUGCUUAUGAUGGAUGGUUUAUGAGCUUGUACACUGUAGCGCUCGUUAGGUCGCAGUUGACACUGCGUGAUGAAGUGAAGCGUGAGGUUCCUUCUUCUUGGGACUCUGCUGCACUUGCUGGGUUCAUUGAGAAGUAUGGUACUCAUAUAGUUGCUGGAGUCACUAUGGGAGGCAAAGAUGUUAUUUACCUGAAGCAGCUGCGUAACUCGACUCAUGAUCCUGAUGAAGUCCGGAAACAGUUGAAGCAGUUGUCUCACAAAAGGUUUUCAGCUGAAAGUGUCUCUAACCCAAAGGAGGGGAGUCCUAUCGAGCUGGGGUUGCAUUCACAGUUUGGUUCCUCUCUUAGUCGUCCAGUUAUCAUGCACUCCAAGAACGAGGAUAUGGUGAGCAUUUGUGUAAGAAGAGGAGGUAUUGAUAGGGCACAAAGUCAUGAUCGUUGGCUCUCAACGAUAUCAGAAUCACCAAACGCCAUAUCUAUGUGCUUUGUUCCCAUAACUUCACUCUUGAAUGGUCUCCCAGGAACAGGAUUUCUUAGUCAUGCAAUGAACUUAUACCUUAGAUAUAAGCCACCGAUGGAAGAGUUGCAUCAGUUUCUUGAGUUUCAACUUCCACGCCAAUGGGCUCCGGUGUAUGGAGAUCUCCCUCUUGGACUACGUCGCAGUCAAAGUUCACCGUCACUUCAGUUCUCUUUGUUGGGUCCAAAACUAUAUGUCAGCACAACAAAGGUUGUUUCUGGUGAGCGACCAGUAAUGGGAGUACGUCUAUUCAUGGAGGGGAAGAAAGGAGAUCAUCUAGCUGUCCACUUACAGCACCUCUCUUCAUGUCCUCCAAGUCUCCACCUCUCACACGAUGACACGUACGAACCUAUAGAUGAACCAUCAGAAAGAGGAUAUUAUGAAGCUGUGAAAUGGGGAAUCUUCUCACAUGUGUGCACCUUCCCGGUUCAGUACAACGGACCACGGCCUGAAGAAGCAGCCUCUAUUGUAACCAAAGCCUGGUUAGAAGUCAAAGGUAUUGGAAUGAGGAAAGUUCUGUUUCUGAGGCUCGGUUUCUCACAAGUUGCUUCAGCUAUUACACGUACUUCUUGCUGGGAUAAUCUCUCGUCCAGCUCACGCAAAUCUGGUGUUUUCUCGAUGAUUAGUACAAGACUCACUGGUGGAUUAAGUCCAACCGCGGCAGCAGCAAAGCCAGUGUCUAAGAUCGAUAUAAACUCGGCGGUUUAUCCUAAAGGGCCAUCUUCGCCGGUGAAACCAAAGCUGUUGGGUCUUGUAGACACGAAGGAGGUGGUGAGAGGUCCGGAAGUACCACCAGGAUAUUGGGUUGUGACUGGUGCUAAGCUUUGUUUAGAGGCAGGCAAGAUCUCAAUCAAAGCCAAGUACUCUCUGCUCACUAUUAUCUCGGAAGAUUCGCUGGUCUGACAAAUUCAUCAAGUUGAAUGGACCGACAGGGGUGUCUAAGGAGGGGACACAAGUUAGUGGGUCAUGGUGGAUUUUUGCAGGCUUCAAUUCAACAAGACUCAUUAACUUGUGAAGAGAUUUAUUCAUGUUUAUGUAGAUGCAUCAUUGUAUUUGAAAUUGUUGAAAUUAUAUAGUAAUACGUAAUACUUGUUUGUGUAUAGCUCCAACUUGGAGAAGGAAAAUUGCUGUGUUUACUAUUGUUUGGCCAGAUAAGAGGGAAAAAUAAUCUCAAUAUGUAAGUGCGGAGAGUAUGGAUUGGAUAUCCAGAAUUUAAAUGAUUCCCGUGAUCUGGUUAUCUCCGCACAAAUAAUCAACUUUUUUUUAUUCAAUUCAAGUUGUAAUUUUUUGGAUAUUUAGU